UUUCUGCGCACGCGCAUGGGUUUUAUUGUGCCUUUGCCCAAACAGCCUUAGCUAGAAAGAAGGAGCUGCCAAAAAUUCUUCCUCUCCGCAGUGGCACUCCAAGACACACCGGUCUUGGAAGGAAUGACGUCAGUAUAGAGCCACCUGAAGGAGUCCGGAUGUUUCUAAAUCCGGACACUCCUGCCCCUUCAGCCUCCGUCAGCUCGUCUUAAGGGGCUGGGCCUCUGUGCUCUCCAGGCGUGUCACCUCUCUGAUCGCAAUGCCUCUGCCUCAGGGUGACGUGACUGCCUUAUUCCUGGGGCCUCCCGGCUCGGGAAAGUCCGCCCUGAUCGCCGCGUUAUGCGGUAAGAAUGUGGACACGGUAGAGAUUCCCGAUGGACGGCAGGACUCUGGAGUCCCCAGCCUGAGAGCUGCGGCUCCGGGCCUCUUCCUGGGUGAGCUGAGUUGCCCACCCGCAGCUCCCGGGCCCUGGGCGGCGGAGGCCAACUUGCUGGUAUUGGUGCUACCAGGAUCUGAGGGGAGCGAGGAGCCCUUGACCCCAGCUCUGGGAGAGGCAGCGCGAGCCGCCCUGGCUAGAGGAACCCCGCUGCUGGCUGUCCGGAAUCUGCGCCCUGGAGAUUCCCAGAAUGCAGCUAAAGCCCGGGAUGAGACUGCAGCCUUGUUGAACAGUGCUGGGUUAGGAGCUGCGCCUCUCUUUGUGCCGCCGGCGGAUUGCAGCAGCAGUGACCGCUGCGAGGAGCUAGAGCGCCUGCAGGUGGUGCUGCGGACCCAGGCGGAGGCGCUGCAGAGGCUCCUGCCUCCUGCCCAGGAUGGCUUCGAGGUGUUGGGCGCAGCCGAGCUGGAAGCUGUUCGUGAGGCCUUCGAGACCGGUGGCCUGGAGGCGGCGCUGUCGUGGGUGCGCGCUGGUCUGGAGCGCCUGGGCAGCGCACGACUGGACUUGGCGGUGGCCGGCACCACCAAUGUAGGCCUUGUGCUAGAUAUGCUGCUGGGGUUGGAUCCUGGAGACCCAGGUGCUGCGCCUGCCUCAGCACCCACUGGGCCCACCCCUUAUCCUGCUCCAGAGCGCCCCAACGUAGUGCUCUGGACCGUUCCCCUGGGCCCCACGGCCACAUCUCCUGCCGUCACCCCUCACCCAACCCACUACGAUGCCCUGAUCCUUGUCACCCCCGGGGCUCCCACAGAGGAGAACUGGGCCCAGGUCCGCUCAUUGGUGUCCCCAGAUGCUCCACUCGUCGGUGUGCGCACGGACGGCCAGGGCGAAGAUCCACCCGAGGUUCUGGAAGAAGAAAAGGCCCAGAAUGCAAGUGAUGGGAACUCAGGGGAUGCACGCAGCGAAGGAAAGAAAGCUGGCAUCGGGGACUCGGGGUGCACUGCCGCUCGGAGCCCGGAGGAUGAGCUAUGGGAGGUGCUGGAGGAGGCGCCUCCGCCCGUGUUCCCGAUGCGGCCCGGCGGUCUCCCAGGCCUCGGAACCUGGCUCCAGCACGCACUGCCCACAGCUCAGGCCGGAGCUCUGCUGCUGGCGCUGCCACCUGCAAGUCCCCGGGCGGCGCGGAGGAAGGCGGCUGCGCUACGGGCAGGGGCGUGGAGGCCAGCCCUGUUGGCUAGCCUGGCGGCGGCCGCCGCCCCAGUACCAGGGCUGGGCUGGGCUUGCGAUGUGGCGCUUCUCCGGGGACAGCUGGCCGAGUGGAGGCGCGCGCUAGGCCUCGAACCCGCGGCCGUAGCACGACGUGAGCGCGCCUUGGGCCUGGCUCCCGGAGUACUGGCAACGCGCACGCGCUUCCCGGGCCCGGUGACGCGAGCCGAGGUAGAGGCCAGGCUGGGGUCCUGGGCAGGUGAGGGCACGGCGGGAGGUGCAGCGUUGAGCGCGCUCUCCUUCCUAUGGCCCACGGGUGGUGCUGCGGCAACAGGUGGGCUGGGUUACCGUGCUGCGCACGGUGUACUUCUACAAGCCUUAGAUGAGAUGCUGGCUGAUGCGGAGGCGGUGCUGGGACCCCCAGAGCCCAACCAAUGAGGUGUGCGGUGGGGCUUGGGGUGUCUGGUGACUGGUUUUGGCCCCACAGCCUCUGAGAUUAAGAAGUGACGUUUUGUUAUUCAAACCCGGAGACUUGAAGGAGACUGACAUCUCGUUGAAACGUGAGAUUUACAGUCACCCGAUUUCCUAGGUACUGAAUGGGAGUAGGGUCUAUGCGCCAGAAGUGUGUCAUCCAGAUACCAAUGCAGUAAAGGGAGUUGAGGGCCUGGGACUCAGUAGAAAUGGGAGCUUCUUGGCGUCCCGCUGACACCUGGUCAUGGAUCUCUAGAAGCCUUGAUCCCUGCCUGCCUGUGAGCGAAACUGCGGGGAGAUAGAAGCCUUGGAGUGCUGGCUCCCAAAAGGAAAGAAGUAUAAGUUACCUGAUGAAAGAACAGAUUUUUGUGGGAGCUGUGAGAGCCUUAGGAAAAGUCUGGUUCCUAAGAAGGCUGUGGUUGCCAUUUCUUAGGUGGCAGGAAGCCCUGUGGAGACCAGGGGCCUGCUGGAGACCCUUUAGUCUCUUGGAGUGCAGAAGAUUGUCAGUCAUUUGCUCUCCAAAGCUUUGGUGUGGACGAUAAUGAUCCACAACAUUGAAGGGAAGGGACAAGGGAGUGUGUGGGUAAGGUUGUCUUCUGACAGCUAGAGCCUAGGAAUGGGGUCUUUAGGGUAUGGAAGAUUAGAAACCCACACUUGGAAAUACUUCCCGUGGGAUCCUGGCAGCUGCCUCUCCGAGCUUUACUGGGAAGGUGUGACUACCCCCAUUUUAUAGGUGCUGGGUGAUUCAGGGUCUCUGGCAUGCACGCUCCUGUUUCUCUUUAUUACUGGUUUCUUCUGUCAUAUGGACCUUAACUGCAGGGCCUCAAAGUGAUGGGCUCCUGCUGUAGCAGUCUAUGUGGUUUUUCUGCAUGACCUCUUCUGAUUUCUCCCAAGACACCUGCUGCUGGUCCACAUAGGAUGCUGCUGCUGUGUGUGUGUGUGUGUGUGUGUGUGUGUGUGUGUGUGUGUGUGUAGGGGGUCCCCCUCAGGAUAGCUAGGUAGGCCUUUGAUGCCGUGGGAAAGUGCCUGGAGGGAGGCAUAGGCAGAAACCACAUCGCUGUCAGUUUUGUAGCUUUGUGCAGGUAGGACCACGGGGUUCAGAGAUGCAGGCCAAAGGCUCAUCAACACAGCGGGACAGUGUGUGGCCUGGCCCUGCCUCUUCUCCAUUUUCAGCCCAUCUCCAGCAAGCCUGAUGCCAAGGUCCCACCUCAGGACUUAUGCAUUUUCUGGUUUUCUGUGGGACACUCUGCCUCCCUGUCUUUUUUUGAGAUAGGGUCCUCAUCUGUCAGGUCUCCCCGAAAUGGCUCUAUGGUCACCCAAAGUAGCUUGCAUUGAUCCUGCCACAUGGUAGUCCCUGUAGUGAACAUUACUACCAAUGGCUGUAUUCUCAUUCUCUCACUUGCCUGUUCGUUGGCUCUUGCUCCUUGCUUGUCUUUCUCUUGGGUGUACCCUAGCACCCAGAGCAGUGCCUGACACACAGUAGGUGCCUAGUAUUUAUUUUCUUAGUUUACUGGUCACUGGCACAUGGCCUGGAAUUCAGGUUGUCAUAAUCUUGUUACAAAGAGGGAGAGAAGCAAGCACCUGGUGGGAGAGCGAACGGUAGCAGCAGCUUGGCCGCUGUCACUACAUGAACGAGGGCCAUGUAUUUUCACCUGGUCGAUGAAAGGACUGGGCUAGACCCAUAAGAGCUUCUGAGGGCUAAUCAGAAGCCUGCACAGCUGGGCUUUGCUCCCAUCUAACCCUGAACUCUCACCUCUGACACCAUCCGCCCUACGAGGAGGCACCUUAUUCGGGCGUUCAUGCCUGUAAUCCCCGCACCUCCGGUUGACACAGGAGAAUUUGAAAUUUAAGGCAGUCUUCGGUGAGAGAGGAUUGCAGGCCUGUAAGCUAUGCGCCUGUUCCCACUAGAGUCUAGACGGGCCUUGAACUCCACACGGUCUGGAGCCAGCCUGAUACUAAGUCCUUGAUGCUUGGGUUGGCCAGCUUUGGCCCUGCCUCAGCCUCCCCAGUGCCGGGAUUAUGACUCUAAACCAUCCUAGAUCAGCCUGACACUCUUUUCACUAAAUCAUCAGAACCAAUGUGUUCCUACACCCAAGCACACCUCAUCACACAAUACACCUAAUUGGAAAUACUUGAACUGAUCAAUGGAGGGCCCAAUUCACAUACCCGUGUUUCAAUUAUAUCGAUAAGUUCCCCCCAAUCAUGGGGUUUUGAUCAGUGCCUCACAUAUUAAAGGCAAACACUCUGCUGGAACCAUGUACCUAGCCCUGUGCUGGGCUGCAGGUAGGGUUCUGGGCAGGGGCUCUACCACUGAGCCACGCCCCCAGCCCCUCACUGGGGGAUUCUAGGCAGGGGCUCUACCACUGAGCCACGCCCCCAGCCCCUCACUGGGGGAUUCUAGGCAGGGGCUCCACCACUGAGCUACAUCAUAUUUCAAGACAAGGUCUCACUAAGUUGCUUGGGCUGUCCUUGAACUCACUUUAUUCCAGACAGGCCUUGGAAUUUGGGAUCCUAACCCCUCAGCCUCCCAAGUAACUGGGAUCACAGGCCUGCCUCACCUCCUGGCUUAGUAGUUUUCCCUGAACCUGUGAUGUUCCAGUGGGUCAAGUACAAAUAGAAUCUGAGAUGGAUUUCCCCCCCCCCUCGGUGGCUUUAUCCACAUACUUGGAUCAUAGUUCAACAAUACAGUCUAUUGUGAAAAAUCAUAACAGCAUGAAAGUGAGACAUUGCAACCACAUUUGGGAAGCUGAGAAAUCUUUGUUUCACCCCAGGACCACAGCGCUAUGGAAUAGUGUUUCAAACAGUAGGUUUCCUCGCCUCAUUUAACAUAGUCUAGGCACUCCUCCACAGCCAUGUCCAGGGUGAACGUAAAUUCUGUCAGUUAAUAUUAACCAUCACAGCAGGCAUCUAAGAACUUGCUCUGUUACAUGUGCACAUGUGUGGCUAAGCAUGCACACACUGGCAUGUGAAUGUGCUCACACACAUACCCAGCUCCCAGGUACUGCAGCCCCCUCUGAGAAGCUUGACACUCAAAUGCUACUCCUCUACUGCCUGGGCCCCACUUCCCUUGGUCUGGCUACAGUAACAGCCAAACUCGGUCUCCUAUUAAGUGUCCUGAGCUCUCUAAACCCUCCAUGUCUUUUCUGGUAUUUUGACAUAGCUUAGGCUUGCCUUCACCUCGGCAUGUAGCUGGUGAUGGCCUUGAAAUCCUGAUCCUCCUGCCUGCAUCUCUCCAGUGCCAGGGUCAGGCACGUGGCAUGAUGCCCUGCUCUCACUGUGGCUUGCUUUGGUGCCACCUGGCAUCCCCGUCCUGUGCUUUGCUGCUCUCCCUUCUUGAGGCAGGAGGCCCAUGCUAGAUGCAUCGAAGGAGCAUAUUGUAGCCAUUGUGUGUGUCCUGGUCAGCUCCAUAAACUUGUACAGGGCACUUUUGUGUUUUGUGAUUCCUUGCCCAUUUUUGUUCUGUUACUUGAGAUAGAGGAUCCAGGCUGUCUCAAACACUUGGCGCCAGGUGCUUCUCCGGUCCUAGCCUCUCCUUGUCCUGGGUUACAGGUAGAGGUGGCUGCCUUUUAAACUAUGAUCUCCCACCCCCACCCCUGAGAUAGGGCCUUACUCUACAGCUCUGGGCGUCUAAAGAGCUGGGAUUACAGGUGUAAAUGACUACAUAUGUUGCCCAUACAAUCUUUUGUUAGGAUUUUCAGGCUUUUCCAGAAUGUAAGCAAAGCAGAUAGCCAGGCCCCUGGAAGCCUCCAAAUAGGAAAGGUUCAGUCUCCCUCGUCACAGGCCACCUGCUGCCAGCAGGGUGCUCCCAUGAGGCACCUCGGGUCUGAAAGAGCCUGGGCGCAGGAACUCUGGGAAAUGUCAGUCCUCCAUGCUGGAAUUGCAGCUACACAAUCUUGGCAUUGCCCUUGAAAGACGAGCAGGUUUCAAACGUUGGUGAAUGGAUGAGGUGCCCUCCUCAACAUGGAGAGAGUCUCACACUUCUGGCUCAUGAAGGAGCUGUCUGUUGGAAUGUGGGGGACAAAUCUGUCUGGUAAUCCUGUGGUGUGUUUUGGAAAAAAGAAUAAAAGGGUAGGAAUGCUA